AUGCAGAUUAGGCUCGAAAGGCCUUUGGUUGUGGGGAGUUUUACUACUAUUGAUGGGAGAGGAGCCGAUGUGCACAUUGCUAAUGGUGCCGGCUUCUUGAUUGAACAUGCCCAUGACAUUAUAAUCCACGGACUCCAAUUCCACAAGCCUCGGCCCAACGCCCCCGGCCCAGUUCUAGGCCCCGCAGCAAAGGUCGAGCCGACCGGCGCAGGAGAUGCCGAUGCAUUCCCGAUAGUAUACUCCUUCAAGAUCUGGCUGGACCAAAGCCUCUACAGCUGCCACGACGGCCUCCUUGACGUCACUCGCGGGUCGACGGGGAUCACAGUGUCCAACAACUGGUUCAGGGACCACGACAAGGUCAUGCUCCUGGGCCACGACGACGGGUUCGUUAGAGACAAAGAUAUGAAGGUCACCGUCGCGUUUAACCGCUUCGGGCCGAACUGCAUUCAGCGGAUGCCCCGGAUCCGACAUGGGUAUGCGCACGUGGUGAAUAAUUUCUAUGAUGGGUGGAGAGAUUAUGCUAUGGGUGGCAGCAUGAAUCCUACUAUCAAGAGUCAGGGAAAUUUAUACGUUGCUGUCGGUAAUAAAGAGGUGAUAUGGAAGGAGGACGGACCAGGAAGAGGGACGUCAUGGAAUCUGAAAUCGGUGAACGACGCCUUCAUAAACGGCGCAUCGUUUAGGCAGGUGGGCAGCGCCGGCGUUUCGCCACAUUAUAAGCCCGACGAGGCGUUCGCCGCCGGAAAUCCAGAUCAGGUUCAUGCACUGACGAGGGACGCCGGUGCGCUCCGGUGUCAUGCAAACGGAUGUUAA